UCUAGGACCCGAGGAGGGAGAGCUGCGGGGAGACGGAGCUUCCAGCGGGUGCUGCCGCGAGCGGCCGGCCGAGGGGGUUGGAAAUGAAAGUAAAGCGCUCUGGAGCCACAUGGACCGAGCUGCCCGGGCGGCGGCGCCGGGAGCAGGAUGCGGCCGCCCGUAAUUAAAUAGCAUUUACUCUUAUUAUUACUAAUAAUAAUAACGUAAUCAUACCUCUAGUCAUAGCAUACCAUUUAUCGGGCUCGGCGCAGGCCCGCGGGGAGCGCAGCCCGGCCGAGACACUGAUGGAGAGGCAGAAACGGAAGGCGGACAUCGAGAAGGGGCUGCAGUUCAUUCAGUCAACACUACCCCUAAAGCAGGAAGAGUAUGAGGCCUUCCUGCUCAAGCUUGUGCAGAACCUGUUUGCCGAGGGCAACGACCUGUUCCGGGAGAAGGACUACAAGCAGGCGCUGGUGCAAUACAUGGAAGGGUUGAACGUGGCUGACUACGCCGCCUCUGACCAGGUGGCUCUGCCCCGGGAGCUGCUGUGCAGGCUGCAUGUCAACAGGGCGGCCUGCUACUUCACCAUGGGCCUAUAUGAGAAGGCGCUGGAGGACAGCGAGAAGGCGUUGGGCCUGGAUGGCGAGAGUAUCCGGGCACUGUUCCGCAAGGCGCGUGCCCUCAACGAGCUGGGGCGCCACAAAGAGGCCUAUGAAUGCAGCAGUCGGUGCUCCCUCGCCCUUCCCCACGACGAGAACGUCACUCAGCUGGGUCAGGAGCUGGCUCAGAAGCUCGGGCUGCGGGUGCGGAAGGCAUAUAAGAGGCCCCAGGAAUUGGAAACGUUUUCUCUGCUUAGUAAUGGCAGCCCGGCUGGCAUGAUAGAUCAGGGAACUUCUAACGGAUUGGGAUCUAUAGAUGACAUCGAAACAGACUGCUACGUGGACCCGCGAGGCUCCCCGGCUCUGCUCCCCUCCACUCCCACAAUGCCCCUCUUCCCUCAUGUUCUGGACCUACUGGCCCCCCUGGAUGGCAGCAGCAGUACGCUUCCUGGCACCGAGGGCCUGGAUGACUUCUCAGAUGGGGAUGUGUUUGGUCCAGAGCUGGACACCCUCCUGGACUCUCUGUCUCUGGUCCAGGGUGGCCUGCCUGGCAGUGGUAUGCCUAGUGAGCUGCCUCAGCUGAUCCCUGUGUUUCCUGGUGGGACCCCACUGUUGCCACCUGUGGUGGGUGGCUCCGUCCCUGUGUCCAGCCCACUGCCUCCUGCCUCCUUUGGCCUUGUCAUGGACCCCUGCAGGAAGCUGCCUGCUUCUGUGCUGGACGCCCUUGACUCUCCAGGGCCCACGCUGGACCCCCUGGAUCUGUUACCGUACUCUGAGGCCCGGCUAGAUGCCCUUGACAGCUUUGGGUCAGCGUGCGGCUCCCUGGACAAGCCUGACCCCUUCACAGAAGAGACCAGCUCACAGGACCAUCGUCCCCCAAGCAGUACUCAGAAGCCAGCCCCCUCGCCGGAGCCCUCCAUGCCCAACACGGCCUUGCUCAUCAAGAACCCUCUGGCAGCUACCCAUGAGUUCAAGCAGGCCUGCCAGCUGUGCUACCCCAAAACAGGCCCCAGGGCUGGUGACUAUACCUACCGUGAGGGCCUUGAACACAAGUGCAAAAGAGAUGUUCUCCUCGGCCGACUCCGGAGCUCUGAGGAUCAGAUCUGGAAGCGCAUCCGGCCCCGGCCCACCAAAACCAGCUUUGUGGGUUCCUACUACCUGUGCAAAGACAUGAUUAACAAGCAAGACUGUAAGUACGGGGACAGCUGCACCUUUGCCUACCAUCAGGAGGAAAUCGACGUGUGGACAGAGGAACGGAAAGGCACCCUCAACCGGGACCUGCUCUUCGACCCUCUAGGGGGUGUCAAGCGUGGCAGCCUCACCAUUGCCAAGCUCCUCAAGGAGCACCAGGGCAUCUUCACCUUCCUCUGUGAGAUCUGCUUCGACAGUAAGCCCCGGAUCAUCAGCAAAGGCACCAAGGACUCUCCGUCUGUCUGCUCCAACCUGGCUGCCAAGCACAGCUUCUACAACAACAAGUGCCUGGUGCACAUCGUCCGCUCCACCUCUCUCAAGUACUCCAAGAUCCGUCAGUUCCAGGAGCACUUCCAGUUUGACGUGUGCCGCCACGAGGUGCGCUAUGGUUGCCUGCGCGAGGACAGCUGCCACUUCGCCCAUAGUUUCAUUGAGCUCAAGGUCUGGCUGCUGCAGCAGUACUCAGGCAUGACCCACGAAGACAUCGUUCAGGAAUCCAAGAAAUACUGGCAACAGAUGGAAGCCCAUGCAGGGAAGGCUAGCAGCAGCUUGGGCACCCCAAGGACACAUGGACCCAGCACCUUUGACUUGCAGAUGAAGUUUGUGUGUGGUCAGUGCUGGAGGAAUGGGCAGGUGGUGGAGCCCGACAAGGACCUCAAGUACUGCAGUGCCAAGGCCCGGCAUUGCUGGACCAAGGAGAGGCGGGUCCUUCUGGUGAUGUCCAAGGCCAAGAGGAAAUGGGUGUCGGUGAGGCCCCUGCCAUCCAUUCGAAACUUCCCACAGCAAUAUGACCUUUGCAUCCAUGCCCAGAAUGGCCGCAAAUGCCAGUAUGUGGGGAACUGCUCCUUUGCACAUAGCCCGGAGGAGAGGGACAUGUGGACCUUCAUGAAGGAGAACAAGAUCCUGGAUAUGCAGCAGACCUAUGACAUGUGGCUGAAGAAACACACCCCAGGGAAGCCGGGAGAAGGGACGCCCAUUAGCUCUCGGGAGGGGGAGAAGCAGAUCCAGAUGCCCACGGACUAUGCUGACAUCAUGAUGGGCUACCACUGCUGGCUCUGCGGCAAGAACAGCAACAGCAAGAAGCAGUGGCAGCAGCACAUCCAGUCUGAGAAGCACAAGGAGAAGGUCUUCACCUCCGACAGUGACGCCAGUGGCUGGGCCUACCGCUUCCCUAUGGGCGAGUUCCGACUCUGUGACAGGCUCCAGAAGGGCCAGGCCUGCCCAGAUGGGGACAAGUGUCGCUGUGCCCAUGGACAAGCGGAACUCAACGAGUGGCUAGACCGGCGUGAGGUGCUGAAGCAAAAGCUUGCCAAGGCCCGCAAGGACAUGCUUCUGUGUCCACGGGAUGAUGACUUCGGCAAAUACAACUUCCUGCUGCAAGAGGAUGGGGGCACCACCGGUGCCACCCCAGAAGCCCCCAUUGCUGCAACUGCUACUGCUGCCACCACCACCACCACCACCACCACCACUGGGGAGUAAGGCCAGGUCUCAGCU